GUCUGGCAAACUAAAGGUCCCAGAGUGGGUUGACACUGUGAAGCUCGCCAGACACAAGGAGCUGGCUCCCUGUGACGACAACUGGUUUUACACCAGAGCAGCGUCCACAGCCCGCCACCUUUACCUGCGAGGAGGCGUGGGCGUGGGCUCCAUGAUCAAGAUCUACGGAGGGCGGCAGCGGAACGGCGUGUGCCCCGCCCACUUUAGCGUGGGCUCCAGGAACGUGGCGCGCAAGGUCCUGCAGGCUCUCGAGGGCCUCAAGAUGGUGGAGAAGGAUCCAAAUGGGGGUCGUCGGCUUACGGCUCAGGGCCACAGAGACCUGGACAGGAUUGCUGGUCAGGUGGCCUCAGCAAACAAGAAGCAGCGAAGUUUACAAAGCACCAUCUGAGGAAAGCAAGCAGAGAACACAGACCAGUGCAGUGAAAUGRAUUUAUCUUUUGUUUGUUUGCAAGUAUGCCUGCCUCCCACACUGCACUCCCCUCAGUAAACYGGAUUUCAUUCAUAUGCAUGACUCCAUGAGACAGUACAAUGCAAAUGAAAUGGAUUGGGGUUUUUUUGCACCAGUUUUUGCCUUAAAACCAAGAAUACAUAAUGACAAAAGGAGCAUGUUAAUGUAAAACUGUGACGACUGCAAACAAAAAACAAAACCAAUGCAUCCAA